AUGGAUAUCAUUGCUGUACGUACUAUGUCACAGCAGGAGGAUCAGGAGGAGCACGAGGAUGAGGAGGCAGCUGAGCCGCCUGAUACAAUUAAUCAAGCACUAAAUGGCCUUAAGCGCCUGCUCAGCUUCAAGGAUUAUCUGCCAGAUUCUGACUCCGUGGAGCUCAUGACACUCUUGCGCAUUAAAAGAAGCCUCCAGCAUCAGGCAGAGCUUAAUAGAGGUCAGGGUGCAUUAGAUAACUAG